AAGGCAAUUAGCACCUUUCUCUGAACAAAGAAAGAUGGUGUUGUAUUCUGUUUUCUGGGCAGUGAUUUUGCUUGCGAGUACAAACUCUGUCCAUGGCAGCGAUGCAUGCACAGGCUUGCCUGGAUUGCUUAACUGCGCCCCGUUCUUGAUGGGUAGUGUCUCAUCACCUGAUGCUAAGUGUUGUAAAUCUCUAAAAUGGCUAAGUCAGCAUGCUAUCAAGAGGGAAGACAAAAGGGAACUCUGUAAAUGUUUAAAGAUAGAAGAUUUGAAGCACAAGGGCGUUAUCCUCGAUAGAGCCAAAGCAAUCCCUCGCCUGUGCAAAGUCCAGCUCCCGGUGCCGCUCAUACCAGAUAAAAUAGACUGUGACAGGAUAAAUUAAAGCUGCUGAUGAGGAGUAAAUUGAGAUGUCUGCUUAAUACUAAAGGAAUAAACUGCAUGGAGGCAUGGUGCCAAGAUAUCUUAGAGCCUUUACUAGCUCAUUACAGAAGCCCAAGCAAUUUUAUA